AUGCGUCUCUUCGCGAACCCCCGCUGCAGCGCCGAUUUCCCGACCUCCGCAGCGCAGCUGUGGACGCGUUGCAUGGCGGCUCACCUGCGUCCAGAUGAGGUGUCUUUCACCCUCCACCUCUACGGCGUUCUUCUCUCUUCGCGGCACGACAACGCUCAAGCUUGGGAGGUGUUGAAUCUGAUGAAGGAGUCCAAAGUUCACCCGACACUCGUGCGGUACAACGAGCGCAUCCUAACCUCUUACAUGGAGCUCGUCGCGCUCGAUGCGGAACCUCACGCAGACAACACGCGGAAGCUGCUUCGAGCAGCGUGGCUUCUUGCCGCCCUCGUUCGGAACCGCCGACAGCGGUGGAUAGCUCGGAAAAACGCCGCUCUUCGCCACCAGGGUGUCAGCGAGGAGCACCUCUUCUCGCUUCACGACUUGGGCGCUUUGUGGGUCGGCAACGCAGUCGAUCCUCUGUUACCUCGUGCAGCGCAGUUCGUUAUGAUUCAGGAGCGCCUGAAAGAUCAGAACAGUGAUCGCCUCUCUGCGACCGAGCGGUCCCCGCUUCUCUCGCGUUCGUCAGAUUAUUCAAAAGGGACAAAGCCGUUAAAUUCUGGAGAGGGUGUUUCGGGGCCGCAAAGCCGUGUAUUGGAUGCGGCGGGGAGCGACGAAACAACGCUUGCGGGAAUGGAAACCACAGGAGAAUACGAGUCCCGAGAAGCAGAAAUCGCCGCUCUUGCAGCCGUUGCUGCAGAUGCACAGGCGUCUGUACACCCGGGGGCGCUUGCAGCUGCUGGACUUGGCGCUGCCGAAGCACUCAAUUCGCACCCACUCUUCAGUCAGCAAACAGAGGGCCGGGGCCUAACGGCGGAGUUCUCCCCGAGUCGCCAUAGAGGAGAGGAACCCGGCCUUUUCACAGCGGGAGGAGUGCCGUUGGAAGCGCUUCCAUUCGACGACAGAAACUUUGACAGGACCAGAAGACGCUUGGAAGAGGAAGAGGAGCCGACUGACACAGCGUCGCUGGGUCUCCCGUCGUGGACACUGGAAACCUCUGCGGCGGGCGGGCGUGCACGCGACAACAGAGCAGUUAGCCGUCUUCAGCGCAAGGCGUUACAGGGAGAGAAGUGUAUAGGGGAUGUCGAUCUGAGAGAAGAGGACAUUAGCGAGACAAUGUCGUUGUCGCAGGAGGACGCGAUAAAAAGCGGAAUGGCAGAUUGGGAUGAGCCCAUGAGAUACAGCGGAGAACGUGGGGAAAACGAUACAGGAAAAUGGAAAGGCCUCGAUCCAGCAGGAGCCGAAGAACAUUUUUCGGCCGCGGAACCGAGUUUGUUUUUUGAAAAAGGCAAGGUGCGAGUUCGGAAUUGGAGAGGGCGGGCGCGGAAGAGCACGGAGAAGCGCGGCUAA